GGAACAAAGUUUGGAGACAGCAGCAGAUCGCACAGCCGAGGAUCGAGUCAUUGUGAGAUACGAAGGAGCAGACACCCAACUUAUCAACAUGAACGUUCAGGUUUGCCACUGCGGUUGGACCAAACGUACAACUUACCACGGCUUGAGAGUUCACCAGGGAUUGAAGGGAUGCACGCCAAAGGGAAUGAGGAUCCCUCAAAGUGAACAAUCCAGGUUCUCCCAUAAACCGAGCUACAAUGAAGCUCAAAUCAAAAUAGAAGAGCCUUUUGUGGAUUACUUCAAGAGUUCUGUGUUUGAGACUCCACAGCGCGCUCGUCAAACUACUGAACUUGAAGAUUCGAGAGCUCGUAAUUAUCUGCAAUCUUCUGUCGGUGGACAGCAGACACCCAACUUAUCCAACAUGAACAAACAGGUUUGCCACUGCGGUUGGACCAAAUAUACAACUUACCACGGCUUGAGAGUUCACCAGGGAAUGAUGGGAUGCACACCAAAAGGAAUGAGGAUCCCUCAAAGUGAACAAUCCAAUUUCUCUCAUAAACUGAGCUACAAUAAACCUCAAAUCAAAAUAGAAGAGCCUUUUGUGGAUGACUUAAAGAGUUCUGUCUUUGAGACUCCACAGCGCGCUCGUCUAACUACUGAACUUGAAGAUUCCAGAGCUCGCCGAGUUCUGGACUUUUCUAUUGGUGGACAGCAGGCUAAACAAGAAAAACUGAAAGCUCAUUUACAGCAACAAAUUCAUAUCAGAGAGCAUAAAAUGGCAGAAGUCAGAUCAUCAGUAACAGACUGCAAGGCUAGUUUGGAUGCAGAGUGGCUGGAAGUCAACGAUUUCUUCUCAGACAUAAUAAAAGUUGUGGAGGAUGCUCGGCAGAAAGCCCUUCAGCCUCUGGAGGAAAGGAGACGGAAAGUAAAAAGAGACACUCAGGAUCUCCUCCAGAAGCUUCAGAGAGAAAUUGAUGUGCUCAAAAAGGCCAUUGAUGAGUCAAUCAAAAACCCAGACUUGGAGGUUUCUCCACUAGCGAGCCUGAAUGACUCUAACUGGAAAAAUGUCCAUGUUUACACUUCACUGUCCUUUGGCACACUGAGAGCUAGGACUUCAACCAUGAUGAAGCAAAUUCACGAGGAACUUGAUAAACUCUCAACUAUCGAAUUCAAGAAGAUUCCUAUGUUUGCAGUGGACGUGAAGCUGGACCCCACCACCGCACACCAAAGACUUGAAAUUUCUGAUAAUGGGAAAAAAGUGAAAGAUAGUGGAAAUAUGUCGACAGAUCCUGACUCUCUGCAGAGGUUUGAUGUAUUUGGAAGUGUCCUGGGGCUCAACAGGCUGUCCUCUGGCAGGGCAUACUGGCAGGUGGAGGUCAGGAAUAAGCCCGGGUGGGAUCUGGGUCUGGCGAGACGUGACGCAAACCACAAGGGGAAUCUCUCAAUCAAUCCUGACAAAGGUUACUGGGUUGUUGUACAUUAUGAAGAUCAGAAAUAUGCAGCCCUGACGACACCACCAGUGAGCCUUUCACCUAAAAGGAAACCUCAGAAAGUCGGGGUGUUUGUAGAUUAUGAGGAAGGUCUCGUGUCCUUUUACGAUGUGACGUCUCAGUCUCGCAUCUGCUCAUUUACUGAGUGUUUGUUUGGUGGUGAGAUCCUUCCAUAUAUCAGUCCACAUCUGAAACAAAAUGCGAAAAACAGUGAUCCUUUGAUUAUCUCUGCUGUGCAAAAACAGUAG